GUGCCGGAUGAAUAUAAAAGCAAAAGGAAGGGGAAGUGGAAUUAUUUGUUUGUAAAUUAGACGAGUAGUCAAGUAACUGUUUUUUAAUGGCGCAACCAUAGUACUCAAUUCGCCUUGCUUUAUAUUUGUAUGUUUAUUUGUGUAUUGAGUGUAGAAAGGCCGUCCAGCUGUCAGCCUAUCAGUGUGGGAAAAAGUUAUAUCGAAACGGAUAAGCUUGUUAAAAGAUUCAUAUUUUGCCAUUAACUUUUUUGCUCUCAUCAAAUAUCAAUAUGUCGCAGGAAGAACCCAAUCUAGUCAAUGCCAAUGAUUUAAAAGAUCUUAAGGAUCGUAUGAAACUUAUUGUUGAAGCGGAUCCCAAACAAUACCACAACGAUUUUUCUUUAAAGCGUUAUCUUCGAGCAUUCAAAACCGUAGAUGCUGCAUUCCAAGCCCUUCUUAAAACAAAUAAGUGGCGAGAACAAUAUGGAGUGAGCACACUGGGAGAUUUAGACGCUAUAAAAUUAUAUGCAAACAAAGCGCGCGUCUUACGGCAUCGUGAUUGCAUUGGUCGUCCUGUAAUUUAUAUUCCUGCAAAAAACCACAAUUCCAAUGAGCGUGACAUAGACGAGCUGACAAAAUUCAUAGUUCAUUGCUUGGAAGAGGCAUGUAAGAAAUGCUUUGAGGAAGUGGUAGAUAGUGUGUGUAUCGUUUUCGAUUUAGCCGAGUUUAGUACGGCUUGUAUGGACUACCAGUUGGUGAAAAAUCUUAUAUGGCUGCUAAGCAAACACUAUCCGGAACGGUUGGGUGUGUGUUUGAUCAUAAACGCUCCGGGUAUAUUUUCUACCAUAUGGCCGGCCAUUAGGCAAUGGCUAGAUGAAAAUACAGCAAAAAAAGUAAUUUUUGUGGAUAACGAAAUUGAUUUGUGUAAAUAUUUAAUACCCGAUAUCCUGCCAACUGAUAUGUAAAU